AUGUCUAUAAAACGAAGUAUGUCCACAAAACGAAGCAUGUCCAUAAAACGAAGCAUGUCCGUUAAGGGUGCUGAAGAAGAAGAUAUUGAAGCUGCUAUAAAUGAAUUUGAAGAUGUUGAAGAUUAUGAUUAUACAACUUGUCAAUUAAUUAGAAAGAUUACAUCUAUCUAUACUAGACCUGAACUAUUCAUCAUUUUUUUAGGCUUGUUAAUUGCAAUUUUGAAUGCAAAUUCUGAGGGUGUCGUUAUAUUAUUUAAUUCGUACUCAUUAUAUCUAUUAGUAAAAGGAGUUAGCGUUAGCGUUAGAGAAAUGUUUAAGACUGGUCCGAAACGGAAAGCUUUUCUGCUAAUUGUCUUGAACCAGACCGGACCAAUUCUGGCUGAUCAUCAAAAUAUAACCUGUCAGGAUUGCGCAAUUUCAAGGAGAAAUAAUGUAAAGAACAACAAUAUCAUACGUAAUAAUUGA